AUGAAUGUGAGAAGUGCCAGCAAUUGCAAUGUUCUAAGACUGUUUUCAACUUCUAGUCGAAUGUUGAGAAUUAGUAGAAAAGAGUUAAUGGACAAGGCAAGACUACUCAAAGAGUUUCGUCAGUUUCUUGGUCCUAGAAGCAUUACUGGUGAUUAUCAUAAAAACAAAUAUUACUACCCACCGCAGAAUAACAGACCGAAUUAUAUUGUAAACGAUGGGAAAUCAGUAGUUGGAGGAAGUUCCAAAUUGGGUCAAUCAAGAGUCAGAAACAUUGAUGAACCUGGCAGAGACCCACAUCUACACCCAUUUCCUCAUAACAUUUACACCAAAACAGCAUAUAUAAUACUGGAACAUUUAAAAAUUCAGAUUGUUGAGGAUGAACAAGUUAAUGGGUUGCAUCCACAAGAAAUUGCUCAUAAGUAUGGCAUAAACUUGCAAAGAGUUGAAGCCAUUUUAAAGCUCAGUGCCAUUGAGAAGAAUUUUCAACCAAAGGAGGAGAUUGCGGAAGAUUUGAAAUCAUUUUCAACCAUUAUGAAACGUAUGUUCCCAGUAUUUAAAGGUGGUUACACUGCCGAUAACUUGACCGAAAUUCCGACCCCACACAAGACAUUGACCGAUAGAUUCUUGACCAUUGAAGAAAACGAGCCAUUUGGGCCUGUGGAUGCUGCCAAGAUUCUACAUCUUGAGCCUGCUUCCAAAACUUUAAAAAAAUUGACUGAAUUCAAUCUCGAAGAAGCUCAAAAACAACAACAAGCAAUCGAGGAUAAGAAAAUUGAUAUUGUGUACGGUAAAAAGAGAAAAGAUGAAAACAAACUUUUCAGAUUCACAAUGAAGAAUGUUGGUGAGUUUGGUCAUCGUUAUGGUGCUUCUAGAAGAGAUAGGAAGUUGGAUAGAGCCAUAGGAUUUGAUGCAUCAGGUAAGAUGAUUUAUUUACACCCAGAUCAAUAA